AUGGGGUAUAAUCAUCUUCUAAUAUUUCUUCUUCUUCUUGUACACCACGUGUUCUCUUUGAAAGAUCCUUAUCUGACUCUCGGAAUUCCCAGAUCUGCUUCGGUUCCAGAAAUUAAGCAGGCGUACAAGCGAUUAGCGAGAGAGUGGCAUCCUGAUAAAAAUAAGACUCCUGAUGCUGAAUCUAAAUUUAUAGAAAUCAACAAGGCGUACGAGUUGCUGACCGAUCCAGAACGUAAAAGACUUUUUGAUCGUUCUGGGAUUACGGAAGACACGCCCAAUUUUAGACAGUACCCCGAUUAUUCUCAAUUCAGACGUUUCGAUACCGACCCUUUCGAACAUUUGUUCAACCAGGGUGGGUUCAACUUUCAGUAUAAAUUUAAUCAGGGGUCAUUUUAUCAUAGACAUACUAUUACUGCUAAGGCCUUUGAGAAUCACAUAAUACCCAACAGUAAUUUCCAACCUCAUUUAAUACUUUUCUAUGGAGAACUUUGCUUUCCUUGCAUUCAAGCGGAGCCUAUAUGGAGGAAGCUUAUUCAAGAGCUCGAACCUCUCGGUGUCAGUUUUGCAGCCAUUCACGUUCAGCAGGAGCCGUCACUGUCAAAUAAAAUUGGUGUCAAUUCUCUGCCUUACCUGAUUGGUGUCGUUGACGGAAAAGCCAUUCACUAUAAAGAUCAUCAGUUGAGUUUCAUCAAAGUCGUUGAUUUCUGCCGUAGGGUGAUUCCUUACAGGGCAGUGACAUCUCUUUCGGAUGAAACUGUUGAUGAUUUUCUGCAGGGAUGGAACGAUAACAGAGUGAGGAUCUUGAUCUUUAGCAAAGCCGAAUCCAUUCGGUUGCGUUACCUCAUCGUUGCUUUUAGGUUCCGCAAUCGUGCUGCUGUAGGACACGUACGUUUAGAUGUGCCGGAGAAUUCGCGCACAUCUAGGAAGUACAAUGUACAGUCAAAAAUGGAAUCUUUAUUUAUAUUCAAUGAAGACUCGUCAAAGCCCAUAGCUACACUGAGCAUGACGGAAUUGUCGACACAAACCAUGUGCGACGUCAUCGAAUCUAAUAAAUUUCUGUUGCUUCCCAGGCUGUCAUCACAAACCCUGUUCGACCAGUUGUGCCCGACAGAGGCCAAGCGUGCUCGCAAAUAUUUGUGUGUUAUUUUGAUUACCAAAAACACAAAUGAACACGAUCCGUACCGAUCGUUGAUGCGCAAUUACGUACAGCAAGCGGAUGAUUUACCGAACAAUCGUGUCAAAUUCAUGUUCCUCUACGAAGAAAAACAGAAAGAUUUUGUAAAAGCUUUAUCGUCGGGAAUGGGAGCUCCCGAAGAUCCCCUUCUUCACGUCGUGCUCAUAUGGAGGAAAGAACACGACAGAGUCAAAUAUCAGUGGCUCGACCGGAAGUGGGACAUCGAUGACAGCUUCAACGAAACCAAAGAAGCUUUGAAUGCUGCGGUUAAACACUUGAUGCAAAGUACUGAAACACUGCCGUACGACGCUAAAGUGUCCGUUCUGGCGGACGAACAUGCCCUAAGCUUAUUCACUAGAGUUUUAAACCGUGUGAUACUCGUUGGAGAUGUAUUGUGGGACAGCAUCACUCGCCAAGAGCUGCUGCCAGCGCUGUCGGUAAUGCUGUCCAUCGGUUUCAUCAUACUAGUAGGCUAUGUUAUGUCGUACUUAGUCCAGCUGGAAGAGCAGAGUAUUCAGGAGAAGUAUCAGAGAGAGGGCAAACAAGUACCAGGGAUGCCCACCAAGAGUAAGCCCGAGUACCACUUGCACAUACACGAACUCCGUGGGGAAACUUACAAUGGUCUUGUUAGGCUUCUUAAACCGGGCUGCCGAACCAUAGUGCUUCUACUCGAUAACGAAUCCAAGAUGAAGCUCCUACCUAUCUUCUACAAAACCGUUUAUCCCUACCGCAAGAACAAGACGCUGAUGUUCGCUUUCCUGGUGGUCGAGAAAAACUUGGAAUGGUACCGCCGCCUACUUUUGCAGACGCUCGGCGAACCUAGAGAGUUGAAUAUCAAUCCAAAGAAUUGUAUUGGUACUGUGCUUUCUUUGAACGGCCAUCGCAAAUACUUCUGUGUUUACCACGCCAAGCACGCCGAGCAAAACCACAGGGGGAAGGGAAAGAAGGGGGAUAAUUCCAUCAACGGGGAUUUCAUGGGAUUCGAGGACAGUAACAGUAGUGAUGAGAACAGCGACAUUGAAGCCUGUAAGCUGGAUAGGCACGACUUUGACCUGUACGGAAAUAUUGUUUUUGAAGAACACCUCUUGGACGGACUGUCAAAUUGGUUAGAUAGAUUGUUUGAGGGGUCUACUCAAAGAUAUUACAUUCAGUAUUGGCCCGAUAAUAUGAAAUAAUUCUGCUUAAAUUCAAUCCUCUUUGUAUGUUCUAGUCAAAAUGUCUUUAAGUAAAUUUGUUCCUUCUUCAGACACCACUAAUGAUUGAUUUUUUUAAAAUGUAUUUUACUUCCCAAUCCUAUUUUUUUUUCUCAUUGUUAUUUAAUAACUAAAGAAAAUAAUGAUUAAGCUGAAUAAAUAUAAUAACUCAAA